UCGCCUCUGGAGGCCCCGCAAUCGCAGUCCAGAAGGAAGGGGAACCUCGGUGCGAGGAACUGUUAUGGUGUUGAGUUUGCGGCCAGAGCCGACCGAGACGCGGCUGUCGCGGCCAUGAAGACUUAAACCUUGGGGCCGCGACCUAGAGCGGCAGCAAACUCGGCGCGUCUCCGUCGCCGCUAGGUACGCAGCAAGUAAUCGGACAGCUUGAGUUCUUCCAGGUAUUGAUUCAUGUGCCUAACUCCGACCAAGUGGGAAAGAGCCGUCCGGGGAGGAUACUCCUUCAGACACAGCCGGUUUCUUGAGUCUCCGUGAAGAGGUGUGCUGGACGGUGCGGGUGAGGAAAGGAACAACAGUUUUUAUGCCGCCGGCAUAAAACUCUACCUGCACAAAGGCCCAGAGGUGGGGGAAUGGUGCUAAGGAUCAAGUACACUGUUUUAGAAAAAGAAAACAAAACCCAAACAUGAGGAAGGCGGGCGCCACGUCUAUGUGGGCUUCAUGCUGCGGGCUGCUGAAUGAAGUCAUGGGAACCGGAGCCGUCAGGGGCCAGCAGGCAGGGUUUGCAGGAGGCACCGGUCCAUUCAGAUUUACACCCAGCUCUGAUUUUUCCACUUACCCACCAGCACCUACAGAAGGGCCUAACAUAGUUUGCAAAGCUUGUGGACUUUCAUUUUCAGUCUUUAGAAAGAAGCACGUGUGCUGUGACUGCAAGAAGGAUUUCUGCUCCGUUUGUUCGGUCUUACAAGAGAAUCUUCGUAGAUGUUCCACCUGUCACUUACUGCAAGAGACGGCCUUCCAGCGCCCUCAGCUAAUGCGCCUGAAAGUGAAGGACCUGCGGCAGUAUCUCAUCCUUAGGAACAUACCGACCGACACCUGUCGGGAGAAGGAAGACCUGGUGGAUCUAGUGCUGUGCCACCACGGGCUGGGCUCUGAGGACGACCUGGACACCAGCAGUCUGAAUUCCUCAAGGUCCCAGAGUUCUGGUUUUUUUGCCCAUUCAUUUUUUUCAAGCUACACAGCCCCCUCUGCGACAGUGUCUUCAUUUCAGGGAGAGCUCAUGGGUAGAGAUCGGACCUUGGGAUCUGGAGCGCUGGCGCAGGUGCAGAGUGAAAUAGCUUCUACAAACACCGAAGAGGACGACGACGAUGAUGACGAUGACGACGACGAUGACGAUGAUGAAGAAAACUUGGAGGAACAGACGCCGGGCCUCUCCAAGAAGAGACUGAGGGCUUCGCUGUCGGACCUGUCGAGCGUCGAAGACGUGGAGGGGAUGAGCGUGCGCCAGCUGAAGGAGAUCCUGGCCCGGAACUUUGUCAACUACUCCGGCUGCUGUGAGAAAUGGGAGCUGGUAGAGAAAGUAAACCGGUUAUACAAAGAGAAUGAAGAAAACCAAAAGUCAUACGGCGAGCGGACGCAGCUGCAGGACGAGGAGGACGACAGCCUGUGCCGCAUCUGCAUGGACGCCGUCAUCGACUGCGUGCUGCUCGAGUGCGGGCACAUGGUCACCUGCACCAAGUGCGGCAAGCGCAUGAGCGAGUGCCCCAUCUGCCGGCAGUACGUGGUGCGCGCCGUGCACGUGUUCAAGUCCUGAAGCGGCGCCCUCCCUGCCGGGACGCUCGCGCCCAAGCUCAACCCCAGACACUUCAGAGCACAGAAGGGACUAGAAACCUGCUGUUCAAAAGUGAAGUUAUUUUUAAAAAUUAUUUUCACUACUGACUGGGAAUAAAGAUUCACCCCGAGUUACAGCAACACUGGUUCAUACCGUGCGCCUGUCAGCCUGUGGGCGGGCUCGGCCUCCCAGGUCCCGCCGGGCUUCACUGCGUGUCCGUGGCCAUCGCUCAGAGGCCAGACUGCCGACGGCCUCAGCUCCUCCCCUCAUCCCUAUUUCUCCUCCCUCUUUUCCACUGAACCUACUCAGAUGUUUGCAACUUCGCUCUUUGGGUGAGAUCGUUGUCCACAAGUGACCGACGUGGUACGCACUGACCAGUGGUGGCACCUCUGAAUGUUCACUUUAUCAGUCAUGUGUAUUUUAAAUGCUACUCUUUAAUGAAUGUAAGUUUCCACAUUGUUGCUAUUUCUGCAUUUAAACUUAAUUGGGAACAACUGACAUUCUAUAGUCAACUGCCAGGGCCUUAGACGAACUGUGUCCAUUUCUGUUCAGGUACAGCUUUUUAUAGCAAGGGCUGCAUCUAGCUUCUUUCACUAGAGAAAUGUGUGUGUUAAAUUCUUUAUUAAUAUGUAACUGGGUUUACACUGUUUUGUAUAGUGAAAGUGUAUUUUCAGUGCUACUGCUAGCUGAUUUGAACUUUAGGAAUAAAAUUAGAUUUUCAAAAAUGCUUUUAUUUAUAUUGUCCUAGUCAGUUCCUAAUUCACGUGGGGACAGCUUAAGUGGGUGUCCGUGCAGAUUCGAGCCCCUUCAAACGCGCUGCGGCAUCUCCCUUCGCAUCUGGCUGGCUUGGUGAGGCGAACUUCAGAUCUGCUGUUUACCGUGACCAGGAGUCUUAAGGCCCUCCCCAGCACUCUGCAAUAGAUAACGCCUCCUCCCGCAGGUGAGGCCCCUGACCUCUGAGAAGUUAAAAAAAAAAAAAACUUGUCUAAAAUUUCAGUGAAAUGGCGACUCUGUCAGACUUUGAACUUAGCUCUGAUGCCAGUUUAUCUUCAUUCUUCCAAUCCUGCAUAUCAAAUGAGAAACCUGAGAUGUUAGCUUAUGCAAAGCUGUCUCAGGGAGCGAAUGAUCUGACAUCUCCUUUAGGGUGAAACUCUAAUGGGGGCGGGCUGGUGGAGAUGAGACUGAAUGUGGGCUCAUUCCCAUGGUAGUGGGCAGGUAUGUUUUUAAGAAAUGUUUUUUGUUGUUGCGAUAAAACUGUGUUAUAAAUACUGAGUUUUUUUUAA